AUGGGUACCAGAGGUUUUCCGAAUACUCCACCUGAAAUCCGUACCACCUCAGAUUCGUGGAGUGAUGUUAUUAAAAAUUCCAAAUAUUUAUUAUUACUAAUACUAGUACUGAUAUUAUUAUUACUACCAUUAUUAUUAUUGCUAUUAUUAUUAUUAUUAUUGUUAUUAUUAUUAUUAUUAUUAUUAUUAUUAUUAUUAUUAUUAUUGUUAUUAUUACUAUUAUUAUUAUUAUUAUUAUUAUUAUUAUUAUUAUUAUUAUUAUUACUAUUAUUAUUAUUAUUAUUAUUAUUAUUAUUAUUAUUAUUAUUAUCAUUAUUAUUAUUACUAUUAUUAUUAUUAUUGCAAUAA